GAUAUGAAGAGCUUGGGAUUACAAUUGCAUUAAUCUCUAUGGCUGCCACGUGUUGCAACAUCACCCAUGCUUCUGGUUUCAAGAAACUCAGCGAGUACAUUCAGGUGCAAAGCUACUUCAAAAGGUGUCAUUAUGGCUCCAAAAGAUCAACGUGUAGUGUUGGAAAGGUCUUUCAUAGGAGAUAUAGAGGAAGGUUGCAAGUUAAAAGAUUAAAUCAAUAUCAACAUGUGUGUUGUGCAAGAGAAGCAGAGUUACCCAUUUCUUCUAUGAUUGAAGAGGAAACUCAGGAGGAUAUUUCAAUAGAAACAUUGAUUUGGAGAGCCAUCAAGUUGCCAAUUUACUCUGUUGCUUUAAUUCCUCUCACUGUUGGCAGUGCAGCAGCUUAUUUGCAGUCAGGGAUCUUCUCAGCUAGAUUUUAUUUUGUUCUCUUGGCUUCUUCAGUUCUUGUCAUUACCUGGCUCAAUUUAAGCAAUGAUGUUUAUGAUUUUGACACUGGAGUUGACAAGAACAAAAAGGAAUCAGUUGUAAACCUGGUUGGCAGCCGUACAGGAACCUUCAUUGCUGCUUACUUAUGCCUUGCUCUUGGCUUUUUUGGGCUGACUUGGACUGCUGUUGUGGCAAGAAACAUGCGUUCAAUAUUGUUUCUUGUUUCUGCAAUUAUUUGUGGAUAUAUAUAUCAGUGUCCACCAUUUCGGCUAAGUUACCAGGGGCUGGGAGAGCCCUUGUGCUUUGCAGCAUUUGGUCCUUUUGCCACUAGUGCUUUUUAUUUAUUACAAGGCAGUGCAAGUGUGAUGGACCAUUUCUCCUUAAGUGGAACAGUUCUUUCAGCAUCAAUUCUUGUUGGCUUCACAACAUCUCUUAUUCUGUUUUGCAGUCAUUUCCAUCAGGUGGAAGGAGACAAGGAAGUUGGGAAACUGUCACCUUUGGUUAGACUUGGCACUACAAAAGGUGCAGAGGUAGUGAAAGUGGCAGUAUUUAUGCUCUAUGCUAUUUUGGUUGCUUUUGGUCUUAGCAAGGCACUACCUCUCACUUGUAUAUUCCUUUGUACAUUGACCUUGCCGAUGGGAAACCUGGUAGUCAGAUUUGUCGAAGACAAUCACAAGGACAAGAACAAGAUUUUCAUGGCUAAGUACUACUGCGUGAGGUUGCAUGCUUUGUUUGGAGUUGCACUGGCUUUAGGACUAGUAAUGGCUAGAAUGGCUAAUACAACAUUUACGUCAAGGGCAAUAUUCAGCUGAAGAUUUUGCUUGUGGAAAAAGGAAGUUAUGUGCAUUGAGGGAUUUGCUCAAGAGCAUCAAGUCAUCAAGAAUGCAAGUCAGUGUGGUGCUAGAACAAUAUGUUUUGGGUCAUGAACACUCUUUAUGCAAAGAGUUUGAAACAAUUUUCAUUCUCUUCCCCUUCCUGUGCCCAAAUAAGCUUGAAGAAACCAUAUGACACUGAUACCAAUCAGGAGUUUUGUGCAGCAGAUUUACCUCGUUAAUCAGAACAGGUCAGAGAUGGUUCCACUACCUAUGUGCCUCAUUUAAGCUUCCACUGACAGCCCUUAGUUGAUUAGCAGCACUGCAAAAUUUGCUGCUUGAAAUUUUUCUUUGAAAUAAGGCCACUUCUUUUAUAUUUGCCAAGAAACUUUAGAAAUUGCUAUUAAAUUGGAUUUACCAUAUAAUAUUUUGGUGUAACCGUAAGUUCCUGAAUGAAAAAGAAAAUGGUAGCCCUCCUCGGCAAGGAGUUAUAGAGCACGAUGUUCUUAUCUUUGAAUUAAACGAACUCUUGUCAUAGCUAAUGUAUGGUAAGUAUUGUAAAAAGUUAGACUUAGACAUGCAUAUUUUUUCAAGGAAUGACUCAGAAAAGAAAGAAGUGCGUUAUAGACUACCGAAC